UUAUCACUCCGCCUUGCAGUGUAGUCAGUUUGUAAAGUUUCAGGUUCUUCGGGAUGGAUCUAACCAGUAGUUUGGAGCUAUUUCCGGAGUUUGCAGUGACUCAGCUGCUUUUCAGAGAUGUUAAAAACUGUCCAGAAUUAAGAAAGAUGGCAGUGGAGGGGAAAAUAGCCGGCGCGUUGAUAAACCCAUCCAUGGUUUUGGAUCCCUUCCAAGCUCUACUAGCAGCAAAUAAAGCAGUUCAUGUGCAGAAGAUUGGAAAAAUGAAAACAAGAAGCUUAUACUCUGAAAUCAUCUUCAACCUUUCACCAACAAACAACAUCUCUGAGGCUUUUAAAAGGUUUGGGAUCUCAGACAAUGACAACGCAGUUCUUAUUGUCCUGGUUCAUAACACAGAAGAAGCAUACAAUAAGGAUGAUAUCCUGUCUAAGGUGGACGGCCAGCAGAUCCCAGCUGAUCAAAUCUCCACCCUCAGUGAUCUGGCCAAGAUUAAAAAGCUUUAUAAAGUUGCACCCCAAGAAGAAAAGUGUGGAAGUGUUUUGGAUGCUGUUAUCUGCAGAAUGGCUGCUAAGGAUGUUGUAUAGUGUAUUUGUCUCAUGUCAAAAAUACAAGUUCUUUAUUUAUUUCUGUUAAAGCUACAGUAUAGAUUUUUUUACAAUAAAAAAACAAAAAAACUAAUUUGGUUUAAGAGCUGUCAGCAUUUUUGUUUUGAGAGCGUUGUGACAAAUGCCCUACAAAGUCAUCAAAAACAAGUCAUCAUAGUAUGUUGUUUACACAAGAAUGAAUAAAAAAUAAAUGAGCCCUAAGACAGAUGAGUCCUAAUACACCCUUAAUAAUUGGAAUAACGGGUGGUUACGGUGUUAGACUACCGUUCGGAAGGUCCCAAGUUCAAAACCCAUGACCACCAAAUUCGCGCUGUGAGGCCCUAGAGCAAGGCCCUUAACCCUCAACUGCUCAGAUGUAAAAUGAGAUAAAAAAUGUAAGUCGCUCAGGAUAAGGGCUUCUGACAAAUAAUUCUUCUAACCAAUCAUAACCCAGAAGGUGGGAUUUAUCAGAAAAGAUGACCAGCUUAACCUAACCUCAAAGUUGGAGGAAAAUACUGUUAUAUUUCUAGCAGAGUAAAUGCUCCAUUGUAGACAGUUAUGUUCUGAUUAAAUGCUUUGAGCAUGUAAACAUACAUUACACGAGUUCGGCUAAGUCGCAAUCUUUAAUUAGACUCUUCUUAGUGGGAUUGAAAAAAAAUAUUAUCCAUGCAAACAUAGUCUGUUUCAUGUGGGAGAGAAAAGGAACCGUAGUUCCAGGCGACAUUACCUAUGAUGGUCUGUGGUGAAGAUACUCAACCCUGUUCAUUACAUUUUAUAGUGUUUUCCCAGGAAACCUGUGGUUUUUAUUUUUCAUCAUUCUUUUCUGAAGUGAGGUAUAAGCAUAAUUUCUUUGUGUCAAUAAAAUGUAUGUACUGAUUGACCAGGUUAUAACAUCUACAAGUUUUAUCCUCCCUAAUGGCAGAGGCAUAUUUUAGGACUCAAAUUUUAGAAAGAGUGUCUCUGGGAGCAUGAGGAAUCAUUUUCACACAUGAACUGUCUUCCACAGUGCGUGUCAUAAUCAAGGCUGAAUGUGAUCAAAAGAAUAUUAGAGUGUUCUGAUUUUUUUUUGGUCUGACAGUUUUUUGGUGAAGAGUACAC